AUGCCAUUGCAGAACAAGAUGCAAAAAAGCCCUUCCUAUGGCUUCAUGUCAAUGUUUUGCGUGAGUAUUUGGAGGUGGAGUUGCGCCAACGUACACGGAUGCAGUGGGACUUUGGAGCGCGCCAUCGACGACUGGGUAUUCAUGUGUUUUUUCGUUGGUAAUGAUUUUUUGCCCCACUUUCCCUCUUUGAGUGUUCGGGACAAUGGUAUUGAUAUUUUGGUUGGAUGCUGGAAACAAGUAAUCCCCCGUCUUCGUGAUUACAUUACAUGUGAUGGAAAGUUGAAUUACGAAGGUGUCGAGCAGUUGUUGGCAGUUUUAGCUACAAAAGAAGAUGAGAUACUUCGCAAGAGGCACGAGUCCGAAAGAAGAUAUGCCAACAACGAAAAGAGGAGGAAGGUGGGCCAAGCUGAAGAGAAGGCUAUGCGUGCUCAGUUCUUGCCUAAUGUCUCUAAAGGACGUGAGCGUGCACCGGUACACGCAGACACGAAUAUGCCUUUGAUGGAUACGCUGGGAAAUUUGGUAGAAGGGUAUGCGCAGUUGUCCAACAAGGAUAUCGUGCACAACCGUGAUGUCAUUACCAAAGCAAACAUGGCGAACGAGGACGCAGCUGCGGCGCUCCGCAAGUUGCUAGAGGCGAAGGCAAGUGGCGCGACUGGGAAAUCAGAAGAAACCAGUGACGUCAGCAUUAAGAACGAAGAGGAGCUGGAAUUCGAGCUGCAAGAACCGAUUGACUCCAUUAAAGGUGAAGAUGUGGAUUCUGUUAAAAGUGAAUCCAUGGAAUCCCUUAAAACGGAGUCUUCAGACUCUAUUAAGCAGGCAGACUCCGCAGAACCACCAUCUCGCAAACGUGCCCUAGAUGACGUGCGUUAUCUUGAAGCGGGAUACAGAGACCGUUACUAUGAGGCUAAGUUCGGCGCUUCUUCGCCAGAAGAGGUUGCCGACAUUCGUAAAAAAGUUGUCCGCGCCUACUUGGAAGGUAUUUCAUGGGUGUUAUUGUAUUACUACCAAGGGUGUCCCUCGUGGCAAUGGUAUUUUCCUUACCACUACGCCCCCUUUGCUGCAGAUUUCACCAAUCUACGUGAAAUCGUGGGCGAGGAAGGAAUCAAAUUCGAUUUUGGGUGA